UUGCGCAACUUUAUUUCGUGCGCUUAACCAACCUAGUCUCUACCAGACUCCGGGUCGCUGGAAAAUCGUAAGAAUGGAAUAAAUGGAGGAGGUCGCGCGCUGUUCCCUAGCCGACUAUACUCCUCUGGCCGGCUUACUCCUCUUCAAUUUCUACGAUUUUCAAGCGACCCGGAGUCUGGUAGAGACUACAACCAACCCCGCUCUCGUUAAAUUUCGAACUGUCCCCUUUACUAAAUACAUUAUCCUUGCUUGACUUCCUAGAACCAAUCAUCCUACGGUUCCUAGAUGAAAGGAAACUAUGGAAAUCUGAUCUAGAUGUGGAAAUGUGAUCUAGAUUUCCAUUUGUGUAAAAUGUCCUUGUCUAUAUCAAGGUCAUCGCUAUGUUUAGGUUCAUAGGUCAAACAGCCACUUAUACCAGGCGGCCGUGCGCAGUGGGCUAUUAUUACGUCGCAUAUGCCGCCAGUGUACAGAGUGACGAAAAUAAUUGGUCGCUUUUCGACAAGGAAUUAUGUUAUUCAGUGAAGCACACCACCUUAAUCCGUACCGACGAUCUUUAUUCAAAAGGAGCGAACAGCAGAUCAACAUGUGGUGAUGUGUUUUUGACCCGGAAUCUCAGGGAUUUCAGGUGAAUAUUGCGGAUUUAACCAGUCUGACACGUCGUGUAACAGUUUGGGAUGUUGACAUCUCUUGGCAGACGAUUUUGGAGAGAUUCUGCGACCGUGAGUGGCCCGCUUGGUUUUCAUCAAGCAGGGAAUUCGACAACAGAUUUCGCAGACAGGAUUUGACCUCCGAGCUCAUCAGAUAUUCCAGUCCACGGCUGGUGCGUGGGUGUCCCGUCUUCUUGGUGUUAGGCGUCUGGAAGCAAGGAGAAGGAGAGGAUAACAAAGUUAUCCCAACUCGUUUAUGUUUGGGCGUUGGGUCGAUUGGAAAUCAAACUUGCCCUCACAACAACAUGUCUGCCGACGGACGUGCACUUGACGGCCCCUUCACGAACCAGACUGGGAACGAGACGGUGGUAAACAACACUGGCAGUUGGUUGAACCCGUUACUCAUCGACCCCAGGGUAAACCUGACCAUGAACAUAUGGAUGAGCGUGUUUGUUGUCAUCAUGAUGCUCUCUCUCGGUUGUACCAUGGAGUAUCACGUCGUGCUUCAGCACAUCAAGAAACCGUUCGGCAUGUUUAUCGGUUUCUUGGCGCAGUUUGUGAUCAUGCCCGCGCUGGCUUACGGGAUGGUUCACGCGGUGGACCUGGAGGGCCUGUCGGCGCUGGUCGUGCUCAUCCUGGGGUGCUGUCCGGGCGGGAAGGUGUCCAACAUCUUGGCUCUCUUGGCGGCGGGAGACAUGAAUCUGAGUAUCUGCAUGACCGUGUGUUCCACCACGUUAGCGAUGGGCAUGAUGCCGCUGUGCCUGUGGUUGUACGGGCGAAACCUGACCGACUCGCAGACCGUCAUCCCGUACGACUCCAUCGGCAUCACCCUGGUCUGUAUCAUCGUACCUGUCGCCAUCGGCGUCUACAUCAAGUACCGGUCAGAUAGGGCCGCCAAGAUCAUCCUCAGGGUAGGCGGCGUGAUUGUACUCCUACAGUUGGUGAUCGGCAUGUGCAUCGCCGUGUUCCUGUGGGGGAUCGACAGGCUGCUGUCCAUCCCGCGGAGCCUGAUCGUGGUGGCCGUGGUCAUGCCGUUCUGCGGCUACGUGCUCGGCUACAUCAUGGCCUCCAUCUUCCGUCUCCCUCACAACUGCCGCCGGACCGUCUCCAUGGAGACGGGAUGCCAGAACUCCGGACUCUGCAUGUCCAUCCUCAAGCUCUCGUUCCCAGUGGAGGACGUCGGCACGGUGUUCUUCUUCCCACCGCUGUUCGCCAUUUUCCAGACGGUGGAAGCCUUGAUUUCAUCGUCCUGUACCACGUUUGGGCACGAUAAUGCGGGAAGGAGAAGGGGGACCUGA